AUGGCUCGAAUCAAAAUGACUGCUAAACGAAAAACCAACCAUCGUGAACCAGAAGAAAAUCCAGAGGUUUAUUCAAGCACUGAUUCAGAAUAUCAUGAUGAAACACAUUCUGAAGGAACCUGUUUGAACACCAUCCCUUCUUCUCAACCCUCCAAAAGUUCCUCUUCUCCCUCUUUCACUAAAAAGACUGCCAAAAACUCAUCCUCAUCAACUCCAAUCAGGCGUUCCUCCAGAAUCAUAUCUGGAGUCGUUUCAUCAAAUAAGGCGAUCCCUCAAGACAAUAUUGUUCAUAUCAUCCACUCUGAUGAUUCAGAUACAUCUCUCUCUGCAGAACCUCCACAACAGCCUACUCCUAAGAAAUCCAUAUCCAAAGCCUCAACUCCCAAAAAGUGGCAAAAUAAAUCCGUUGUAAAUGGUAAAAUCAUUGAUCUUACUGACAUCAAACAAGGUGGAUUUAAUGUGGAAGAAAUGGUUGAACAACUGGGAUGGACUUCAUUCUUCAAAAUCGAUGAGCCUCAAUAUCCUCGCCUAGUACAGGGAUUCUAUGUUGCUGCAAAUGGCUCAAAGUACUCCACUAGUUUUAGUAUGGUAUUGAAAGGAGUUCAUAUGGAAAUAAAUCCCACCAUACUGUGCCAAAUUCUCGACAUAUGUGAUGAAGGAGCCGACCACUUAUCGGAAAGGUGGCUUUCUCGAGCUUUAAUCACCAGGACCUUUGUUCUUGAAGAAUUACUCAUCAAACCACCAAAACCAUUAGUGGCCUCAAAUCUCCGUCCAAUAUGUCGUAUACUCCACAACAUAUGUGUUCAUUCCAUUGCACCCCGAGCUGGCAGCUUUGAGAAAGUUACAGACCUUGAUAUCAUGAUCAUCCAUCAUUUAAUGACUGCCUCCCCUCUUCACUUAGGUAAUGUGAUUUUUUGGUUUAUGUUGAAUGUUGUUUUGAUGGGAAGAUCUGCUCCCUAUGGAAUACUACUCACUAAGGUUUUCAAAUUCUUUAAAAUCCCACUCGAAGAUGAACCUUCCAUAAAAUUCAAUAACACAUUCUCACUCAAGAAUAUUAAACAAAUGAAGUUUGAGCAUGAAAACCUCACUGCCUCCAAGAAAAGGAAAGUACGAGAGUCCUCUACUCCCUCUCAGAAUUCUGAACAAGACACCAUUCAACCACCACCUAAGGAAACACCAUCACCACUCAUUCAAGAACCUACCUCUCCACUGCGUCACUCUCCUGAUAUUACUUCAAACUCACUUGUCCAACCAUCUCCUCCUCAUGAAGCCGAUCCAUUCCCUAAGGAUACCUUUCCACCAACUCCUCUUCAAAAUAUGGAAGAAGGCGAUGAGUUAUAUUUUGAUCUUAACCGGUCAUAUCCUCCCUCUCCUAUGGAUAUGCCUAUGGCCUUUUCUCCUUCAGUACCAAUGGAAGAGGAUGUUCUCCCACAACCAGAUCUUUACUGCCACAACUCAUAA